AUGAUGUUUAUUCUGCCGAAUCUGUCUUUCUACUUACGACCUUCCACGUCUUUCGUUGUUAGCACUUUGCAAUCCACCUCCACACCAUACCCGAUUCUGGCCCUGAUCGGUCCGGCCGGAUCGCUCAAGCAUCAGCUAACCCGGAUGUUGGUUGAGAAAGCCGGAGAUUUUUUCGCUGCACUCAAAUUGCACACAGACAGACCGAGUUGGUGGCAAGCGGUUCGUGAGAGAAAACGAACCGGACAUGAGCGUGACACAAAACGCUUACGAAAAGGUCCCCGGUUGAGCUCCGCUUCGGUGGACAGUGAAAUACUAACGAACUCUCUGAGUACCGGUGCAGUUUUGCCAGAAAGUGAUCAUUUUGAACAUGUUACACCGGACGAAUUUGAUCAGUUGCGAGCGCGUGGAGAAUUUGUUCAAACCGCUCGAAUACAAAACUACCAAUACGGUUUGACAUGGUCUGCGUUGGAAACAGUUGCUCGACAUGGAUUGGCCGGCAUUUUCACCGGAGAAUUGGAAAGUAUGACCAAUUUACGACUAACCAGCCUGCAGCCUCGUUUUAUUCUUUGCCUACCGGAAGAUCGUGUCUUACAUGAAAACCGGUUGCGACCCGGUUUGGUCGAGGAUGCAGUCAAACAACAAAAUGACUAUAUUCAAUGGUGUCUGAAUCGUGCGAGCAAUGUGUAUCCGCAAUUCUACCGAGAAAAUCCGGGCUGGUUUGAUGCUCCGUUGAAUACCACAAACCUGGAGGAGGCUUUCAAUCAGCUGCUAUUGAUUGUUAUGGACUAUUUGGGUAUCAGCCCCGAGGACCUUGCACUCAACAAUCAGACAGAAAUUCCCGUGACAAAUUUGAAAGCAUCGGCAUUGGUCGAUCCCAACACCAAUUCCACCACUACUCGUUCGUCCCAGGUUGGACGUCAUUCACGACAGCCUCAUCAAUCUGCUUGA